CAAGAAGUGUAAAGAGGUGCAGGUAAAGCUGCACCUGCAAGUUAAAACUUAUCUCUGUCAGCUGGAUAAAUAAUAAUAUAUUUUUCCCUGAAAAAUCUCUUUUUAUUUCGUUAGAUAGCCGAGUCGUAUGAACGGUUUCCAUUGAAAAUUGGAUGAUUUAAUUAAAAUCAUCCGUAGUGUCUUGUCUCGCGAGGUCAGCGGAGUUACGUCAAGCGCGGCUGGAACGAUCAUUUUGGCGAAAUGAAUUUCGGAAGGGUUGCUAACAUUAACGUUUUUCGCAAAAUUCGACAGCUCGAGACAUUGGUCAAGCCUGGCGGUUUACUUGUGCGAAGCUGCAAUCCAACGCAAUUUCCCAAGUCGACGUCGAGUCUCACGAAUCUGAGCCGCUCUGUGAUUCCUGACGCGAGCAAUUAUCCAAAAUGUCGUAUUCUGUCCAAGCUGCCUGCACAAUCCACGGUCAGCAUGACCCAAACUCGUGCGGCAAGCGCUCAAGGCGAUCACGUACGAUUGUGGGUGAUAGAGAGAAUAGUGUCCGCAUCCUUCCUGGCGCUAAUACCCGCCGCCCUGAUCUUCGAAAAUAAAUUUAUCGAUAUAUUAUUGGCAGCUGCCAUUGUCAUGCACACACAUUGGGGAUUGGAAGCUAUCGUUCUCGACUAUGCACGGCCCAUCGUGGUUGGUACAUUAGUUCCAAAAGUAGCGUUCUUGAUGCUAAAUCUAUUGUCCGCCGCUACUCUAGCCGGCCUGCUUGUGCUGAUCUAUAACGGCCCCGGCCUUACAAAGGUCAUUAAAAAUGGCUGGGCAAUAGGUAAAGAUAGACAGAAAGCCAGUUAAAUAUGAUUAUUACAGCAGGAACAAUUUGUUUGUGUUACAUAUAUGAAGAACUUUUUAAGACGGUAGCUUAUAAAUUAUUCGAGAAUAAAUUAUUUACUUAUUCAACAA